CGUACUUGAAUGUUAAUUGAAUAUAAGUACACUGUCCUGGACAGACAGCCCAGAUAGCUGAGGUGUGUGCCCAGGACAGCGUACUUGAAUGUUAAUUGAAUACAAGUACAGCAAAAAUAAACCUAUAAAUGAAUAAAAAGGAAGGAAAGGAUUGUGUGGUGCUUUAACACAUCAGUCUCCACUGCAUGUUACAUUAUGUAAACGGACCUUUACCCUCUACUAUUUACCCGCUGACUGAUUCGAAUUACAUUCUGUCCGCCCUAAUUAGGAUUUGAGGCUUGUUAUUUUAACUUCCAACAAUUAGGUAAAUGUUUUCAUUUGACAUUUUAUUUUCGCUAAACGUUUAAAGCCAACUUGUUUUUAUCACAACCAGUGCUACUCAUAUUUGUUUCACAGACAAGUCACAAUCCGUAAUGUUAUUUCCUAAGCAGGCCGUUAGAUCUACUUUUCAAUGGCAACCAUUGAGUUUGUUUCUGUUUUUAUAUUCCUCCCUUAUGGUGGCGGGAAUCCGGCCGUGCAGUCCAGGAUGCGCAAAGAUAAUGCACGAUGGAUUUGGGAAACUAGAGAAUCUUAUACGUGAAUUAGCUGAAAAGACGACAUUGCUGGGGAAAAUUACCAACAACACAGAUAAUUCUUUACCACGUGACUGCUAUGAUGUCAAGAAACAGGGCAACAAUGUUGAUGGUGUCUACAAGAUUUUACCGUUAGGUUCUGCCGAACCGUUCAACGUGUACUGUGAACUCAAAGACGAAGACUCUGGUUGGCUCGUUUUUCAGAGAAGGACUGACGGGUCUAGAAACUUCUACCGUUCCUGGCCAGAAUAUCAAAAAGGGUUUGGCUGCCCAACCAACGAAUUUUGGCUGGGCAACGAACACCUGCACGUGUUGACAAACCAGAGGAGAUACGAGCUGCGUGUUGAUCUUGAAGACUUCCAGGGCAUGUCUAGUCACGCCCUCUAUAACAACUUCUCCGUGGAACCAGCCACAGAUUUCUACACACUUCAUCUCGUGUGGUCUAAAGGGACCGCGGGCGACAGUCUGAGUAAACACAACGCGAUGGGCUUCUCCACUCGAGAUCUGGACGUCGACCGGAAAAGCGGGAGUUGUGCACAGACAUACUCUGGGGGGUGGUGGUUCUCCGACUGCCUCGACUCCAACCUGAACGGCCUCUACCAAACGGGGUGGCAGCCCGCCGCUAACGGGAUCAGCUGGCGGACGUGGCGGGGAUACUACUCAUCGCUAAGAUCCACAAAGAUGAAGAUAAGACCAAUGGCAGACGCCCUGCCGUAAACCUGAGACACUCUGCUUGUAUGGGGACCAUCAACAAUUAUAUAAUGCGAAAUUCUGCUUUUCUUUCUUUUUUGUUCUUAUUAUUAUCUUUCUUUGUAGUUUUUGUUUUGUUUUGUUUGUUGCGGGUUUUUUGUUUGUUCGUUUGGUUUUUCUUUGUUUUUGGCUUUUUUACUUCUGUUGUUUUUCUUUGUUUUCCAACAUACCUAGAAGUUCUAAUGUUAUAAGUGGAUCAUUUAUUGCUAUUUCAAAAUAGUUUGUGAAAGAAACAUUGCCAUAAUUAAUUUCCUGAAAUUUCAAAAUUUCCAGAAACUUGUUGAAAUUGUGUAGAUAUGGACAAACACUGCUAAUAAAGUUAAUUAAAUACCAAACAAUGAAUUUGUUCUACUAUGGCAAAUAGUUGUAAAUAUUAAUCGACAACAUGACAUGUUACGAUAUAUACUCUUUAAAAAAAAGUAGGGGAAUUCUAAUAAGAAUUUACAAUUGCCAAAAUUGUAAAGUAUAUUAGCUGUGGGGAAUGGUUAUA